AAAGAAAUCUGGAAUUUGUCACAGUCUGAUCUUCACAACACAUCUUUGUGGAAGUGUAUGAAGGCACAGACAAAGGAACUUUUUGAGGACUCCAGCAAAAGAGUUGUUGAUCAUCAUGCUGGAAAAGAUUACAAAAUCGUCUUUUAUGACUUUGGAAUCCACUAAUCCACAGCCACGCUGAUUGGAGACAAAGAAACGAUGCAAAACAUGGGGGUGGUAGUGUUCUUACGACGACUUGCUAUCAUCGACGGACCAGUGAUUUCUGAACUCUCACCAGUGUAACUAUAAAGGACAUCUGUCUGGGAUCUGAAUCUUAAGAGAAACUGGGUCACACAGCAAGACAACGCCCUCAAACACACAAAUUAUUCUUCACUAGAAUGGUUCGGGAAGAAAUCUGGUGACAGGACCUGAAGCAAGCGGUUUAUGUGGGGAAACCCACCGUCUCAGAUCUGAAGCAGCUCUGUACCAAGGAAUUAAGUAAAAUUCUUCCAAACUGCUAUAAAUGACUAAUCAGAAGUUACAGGAAACCUAAUUGUUGUAAUUUCUGCACAAGAGACACUGAAAAUAACUCAUUCAUUUAUUUACUCUCAACUGUCAAGAUAUAACUCAGAUGUACAAUAUUUCUGUUUCAUUUGUUUGAUUGGGUUGUCUUUGGCUACUUUCAGGACUUGUGGCACUGUAUUAUAAUCCAUAUAUUGUAAUAUAUACACACACACACACACACACACACACACACAUAUAUACAUAUAUAUAUUAGCAAUGGCCAUACAGUUUGUGUACAGCAAAACAUUGUCAACAACCCAUUUAACAAACAAUUCAGGUGAUGAAUGUGUCACAUUAAACUGAACUAAAGCAGAUUUGUCCAGGAUUUUUUAUUUUUUAUUUUUUGCCUCAGCGAGCUAGCCAAAACAUCAGAGGCCACGUUCAAAACCGUGUUGUUUGUGUGAUAAGGCACUAUAUUCAGCCUGUUUUUGUGGAAGAGCUCAAGGAUGUCUGGUGCUGGGUACAUGGAGUUCCCUCAAAGCCCCCAAACGAGAACCUAACCUAACCUUACUGAACGGUUGAAAAGGAAGACCGAAGCAACAAUUUGUCAUUCUUCUGAGCUGCCACACAGACCUGCUCACCAUGUGCAGACUAUUUAAUUGCGGGCUCUGGAUUUCCGUGUCUUUACUCCUGUGUGGACCUGUGGCCUUUACCUCUGACAUGUCAACACAAAAUCUGCUUCCGAAUGCGACUGUUGUCAAAAACCAGGAGGACAAAGAGUGGGAUUCACCAUUUCUUCAGCUGAGAGCCAGUCUGCCAUCCUACUUGCAGCCAAUCCGACCAUACACACUUGUGACACACGCUGAAGAUUACCACCACAUGCCAAAACCAAGACAUUGUCGCCCUUCUCGACUCCAGCGCCUCCUGGGAUCCUCAUUUGACCCGUUCUGGAUGUCCAUUGAUGAACCAGCUGAGGUCUCCCAGGGAAGUCAACCUUUGCUGAGAGAUGGAGAUUCUCUGCGUGCCAAGUCAGACAACUAUAACCCCUUCAAAGAGAAAUUUAACCUGAGCUCUUCCCCAGAGCUGAGAGAGGCUACGGCAAACCAUCGGCAUAAGCUGGAGGAGGAAGCCGCAGAGCUAGACCUCAGUCCUCUACCCUCAGAUGUCGCGAGUUCAGUCAGAGGCUGGUUAGUGCGCUCUGCAGUCUGCGCGUUACAUCAUCGAUGGGUAGAUCUGGGCCCAACUUUCUGGCCACGUUGGUUGCGGCAGACUGACUGUGAAAAACCAGAUGGAAAGCGAAGUUGCUCCUUUCCCAGAGGGAUGGAGUGUGUGCGAGCGCAGACAACACAACUAAAGAUUCUUGCCUGGCACUGCAUGGAAAUGAGAGACGGAGGCGACCGGUCCACCAGCGCUGACGGCGAAAUGUCUGACGGCGGCACAGAGAUGGAGAGAGGGGAUGCAAAGAUGAGCUGUUUAUGGAGACAGGUGCCCUAUCAUGUGGUCACCGCAUGUAUGUGUUCAUGUAAAUGAAUAUUUUUCCCAAACUGACCUUAGAUUUUCUGUCAUUUUCUAAAGCCAAGUUUGUAUGUAUAAAUUUUUACCCCAUGUUUUUAGAUUAGUAAGGCCUAAAGACCCAUGUACACAUUCUUAUGCUACAUUUCAGGAUGGGAAAUUUGUGAAUUGGGGUGUUUCCGUAAUUGUGUACUGUUUCCUGUCGUUAUAACAGCUCCUGCUCUUCUGUUUUCUUUUCUUUUAACUUUCUUAUUUUGCAGUUAGUACGCUGCUGUUCUUGUCUUAAAGUGUGCUAAAACUAAAUGUUAAAGAACGAUGUUUUGUCUGUCUAAAAUGGCAAUGAAUAAGCAAUGAAUUAUGUGUAAUGAAGAAAAAAAGUGUGAUAUUCCCAUAAAAAA